CCGUGUUGUACCUUCCAUCUCCGGCUUAGUCUUCACAUUCAAAUUGCCCGUUCUCUCUCACACCAAAACCCUAGAAAUAUCAGAGAGAGACUGGGUGAAAGCCUUUCCUGCCAUCCUCCUGCGGAUCUGCGUUUCUUCCUUUUGUGAAAAUGGGUGGAGGGUUCAGAGUGCUGCAUCUUGUCAAACCAUUUCUCUCAUUUCUGCCUGAAGUGCAGAGUGCUGACAGAAAGAUUCCCUUCAGAGAGAAGGUCAUAUACACUGUGAUCUCUCUUUUCAUUUUCCUGGUCUGCAGUCAGCUUCCUCUUUAUGGCAUACACUCUACAACUGGUGCUGAUCCAUUUUAUUGGAUGCGUGUUAUCCUUGCCUCAAACCGUGGUACGGUCAUGGAGUUGGGAAUCACACCAAUUGUGACUUCUGGGUUGGUGAUGCAACUAUUGGCUGGUUCAAAAAUCAUUGAAGUGGACAACAAUGUGAGAGAGGACCGGGCACUAUUGAAUGGUGCUCAAAAGUUGUUAGGUAUCCUGAUUGCUAUUGGGGAGGCAGUUGCUUAUGUCCUAUCAGGGAUGUAUGGAAGUGUUGGCCAAUUGGGUGUUGGGAAUGCCAUUCUUAUCAUUCUUCAACUUUGCUUUGCUGGUAUUAUCGUCAUAUGUUUAGAUGAACUCCUCCAGAAAGGAUAUGGUCUUGGUUCUGGGAUUUCCCUAUUUAUAGCUACCAAUAUCUGUGAAAAUAUUAUCUGGAAAGCAUUCAGUCCCACAACCAUUAAUACUGGCCGUGGAGCUGAAUUUGAAGGUGCUAUUAUUGCUUUGUUCCAUCUUCUGAUAGCUAGAACAGACAAAGUACGAGCUCUUAGAGAGGCUUUCUACCGGCAAAAUCUUCCCAACGUUACCAAUCUGCUUGCCACAGUGUUGAUCUUCCUCAUUGUUAUCUAUUUCCAAGGUUUCCGUGUUGUUCUUCCUGUCAGGUCAAAGAAUGCCCGUGGACAACAAGGCUCUUAUCCAAUAAAACUAUUCUAUACCUCCAACAUGCCUAUUAUUCUUCAAUCUGCUCUUGUAUCCAACCUGUACUUCAUUUCUCAGUUACUGUACCGGAAGUACAGUGGAAACUUCUUCGUCAAUUUGUUGGGCAUAUGGAAGGAAUCUGAAUACUCAGGCCAGUCUGUUCCUGUUGGUGGACUUGCUUAUUAUGUUACUGCGCCAUCAAGCCUGGCAGACAUGUUGACUCAUCCAUUCCAUGCUCUUUUCUACAUAGUAUUCAUGCUUUCUGCUUGUGCACUGUUCUCAAAGACAUGGAUUGAAGUUUCAGGGUCCUCAGCUAAAGAUGUUGCCAAGCAGCUUAAGGAGCAACAAAUGGUGAUGCCUGGACAUCGAGACUCCAAUCUGCAGAAGGAAUUGAACCGCUACAUUCCCACUGCAGCUGCUUUUGGAGGAAUGUGCAUUGGCGCAUUGACAGUGUUGGCAGACAUGAUGGGCGCUAUUGGAUCGGGAACUGGAAUUCUUCUUGCAGUUACCAUCAUCUAUCAGUAUUUCGAGACAUUUGAGAAGGAGAAAGCCACUGAACUAGGUUUCUUGGGCUUGUGAGAGACGGAGACAGACAGGGUUGUUGUAGAAAAUCUGUUAGCUCGCGAUGGAAUAUGGAUAGAGAGAUCAAGCCUUCACUUACCUCAAUGUACCUUGUAUUUUAAUGUUAUGUUUUUCCUCCCUUGUCAAACCUAGCUAGCUAUGAUGUUCCAAAAACUACUGACAUCAAUUUUGCUAAAUUCCAAAAAUGUGUUAUUUUGUUCUUUGUUUUUUA